AAAAUUAAAAAAAUAUUCUUAAGCGCUUUACAGUGUAAGAUUAAGUUUACAGUAAAAAUAUAGAAAAAUGAAUUUAAAAAAUAAUACAGUGUAAAAAACAUAUUAUAAGACUAUGGCAUGCUAUACGCUAAUUUUAAAAAAGUGAGUUUUUAACUUAGAUUUAAAAACAGUCAGUAAAUCCUAGUUUCAGAUUUCAUUAAGCGGUUAUGGACUUUUGCCCAUCGCCAUUUCCAUCCCAACCUCAUAUGUGUUUCUAGUAAACAAGUUUCAGGUUAGGUAGCGCUGAUUUCUACAUGUAAAGGAUAGUCAGGGAAAAAGCAUAAAAACGUCUUUCAAAAUUCAACUUAAUGCUCGAUAUUGAAAUUUGCUUUUGUCAUUCAUCCUUUGUCUCUAAGUGUAAAUUACUGUAAAACAUUAGUCACUUAAUUUAAGGUGGCUGGCAGCAGUUUCAGCACUUUUUGAGACUUAAAUGUUGACGGGUCACUACAAUCACUAUUUAUCAGUGAUGCUCCGAGUGUGAUGCAACAGCAACAACAACAGCAAAAUUACAGUUAAAUUGAAGACUGCUGAUCUGCAGUGCAAGCUUUUCUUUUAGCAUAUUUUAGAGAUCAGAAUUACUAUAGCCACUGGGAAGGGUUUUGGAGGUAAAGCGUUUUGAAAUCUACUAUAGGAAAAUUCAUUACCUGACUCGUGAAUUCCACGUUAAUAAAAUUUCACUUGACAAACCGACAUCGCACGAAUCGCGUAAAAAUUUUACUGCAGGGCAGAUUGACUUGCACUUUCAAAAAGACGUGUUUGGUUUUUGGCUUCGUCGACGGCGACAAUGGUUUUGAAAAUAUGAUUAAAAGAUAUUGUAUCUAAUCGGUUUUUGAGUUGAAUAUACCUCGCUGAAUACCUCACCUAGGUAACCAAUCAGGGUGCGAGAAUUCUCUGAGCUAUGCGAUUCUUCAUGUAAUUCAACAUGAUCUGAAAGCUUACAGAAACCAGUAGUAUCACUCUAAAAAACGUUCAGAUAUUCUGUUCAGUGUUUGAAAGGAUAAAUCAGGCUCUCUGUCACUGCUGGCAAAAUAUGUUUUCUUUCUUUAGCUGACCAAUAACGUGGACCCAAACUAAGUUUUGAACUUCGAAUUCAGGUUGCAAUGAACGCUCAAGAGGUAAAAAUUGGGCUUUUCAUUUCUCGUCACAAACUCAAACAUCUCUGAUUAUGUUGACGCUAUCAAACGAAAAGAUUUUGUCUUACAGACUGAAUAUUCAGACCCCGUCCUCCGGUGGUGGGUGCAUUUGUUAGGGAGUAAGACAAGGCUUGGGCAAUCUUAUGUAAAAACAGAAAAAUCUUUUUAAAAACUAUACGUAAUCGUUAGAACAUAAAAAUACAGGAAGUUUCAAAAUCAUUUCCCACCGGAAGAGAAAUGCAGUCCGUCGUCCCUUGCCAACUGCUACAGCUAAUUAACUGUGAAAGUUUAAACUGACGCAUGGACUGUCACUGAAUAUCGAGGAUAAAAGGGUUUCUAAUGAAUAUGAACAUUCCGCGGUUAAUAAUUGAUGAACUUAGAUAACGGAAUAAGUGAAGUCCUAGUACAUACAACUUGCACUGCAUGUAUCUGGCUGGGGGCCUCAUAUGAGCCCGGUUGACCGGGCUGGCCCGGCUACCGAGAACUCGCCGAACUCAAAUUUUCUUUGUUUAAAAUUCGAUUGUGUUCAUAGGAAGAAGGCGGGCCACCCCGGUUACCGAGGUCUCGAUUUUUACAACCGAGAUCUCGGCAAGCGGGAUGAACAUCUUUCCAUAUGAACACACAACAAAAUUCGUGCCGGUAACUGAGCCAGGCAGGCAAUAUGAAGAGGCCCUGGGAACCGUUGUACAGUUCAAUCGAGAAAUUGUUUCGUUCCUUUUUUGGCGGGAGUUUUAGAGAUCAUUUAGCCUGAAAUAUUUUCGAACGCAAUGAUGCCAUAGCAGCUGUUCUAUAAAUUUGUCUUUCUCUGUGCAUGGAAGAGAAAAUACUUUGGGAUGUUCCUAGUUGAUGAUAUAUUGCAUAAUUUUCUUUUCAAAUUCGUGAAAACAGUAAAGGCAAGUGUCGAUCUAUGACUCUGAUAUUAAUUCUCUUUUGUUUUAAACAAUUCAGUUACAAAGUGCUUAGCCAUAUAGAUUAAGUAACAGCAUCUUUUUUCUUUUAACGUCUUUUGAAUUAAUUGCCGCGGAUACGCUAAAACGUAACGCAUAGCGUAAUUUAAUAGCGUAAUAUAAGACGCUAAUUGUGGGUCGUUAACCAAGCGCAUUGACCAAGCGUGUGUAUGGCGAGGUCAUUACACAACCAUCAUGAAUUAGAUUCAUGGGGCAAUGUAUGCUCCAUCUUGCCCGUUGAGUAACCAAUCAGCGUAGCAUUUGGUUUAUGUUGGCCGCUGGCGGAGUCAGCCAUGUAAUAAGAGACGGUUUAUUAAGGUAAGGUUACUCAGGUAAAAAAACAAAAACCCUGAAAAUUAAUGCAAAAGACUACCGCGUAGUAACAUAUGGUGGUUCUUCUCUUGAAUUGGAACGCACUCCUAUCAUCGCUAUCUCACAAGCACACAGCUAUUCCUUGAAAAAGUUAGCCUUUGUCCUCGCUCAGUUUGAAAACUCAGUGAACAUGGGAAGCAGUUUUGACAGCGCAACCUCGAACAAUGCUUUUGCCAAAGCAGAAGUCAUCGCUUGGUGCAGCGCUUUUUCACUGAUAUCUGUGCUCAUUGUCACAGGAAACCUGCUCACUAUUAUUCUCUUUGCCGUCAACAAAAAAGUUAGGAAAAAGUGUUUCUUUCUGGUCGUUAAUAUGGCAUGUGCUGAUCUGCUGGUUGGGGCUGUUUCUCUGCCUAUUAAGAUUAUAACGCCAUUGUUACGGGAAGAGAGGAUGAGUUUGCCAGUAGCGACUUUUCUCAACAUCGUUACUGUCGUCUGCUUGCAAGCCACGAUAACUUUUGCUGCCUUGAUAUCUUUAGAAAGAGUUUAUGCCACAUGUUGGCCGCUUAAAUACCGAACACUGUCAGGGCAAGCAUACAACGUUGUAAUUAUUUUGGCGUGGAUUUUAGUACUUCUGAGCUCUACCAUACUUUCCGUGUUGAGGGUUUUUGUUUACGAGGUAGCUUAUUACUCGCUUUGGGUGACGUAUACCUUUACUCUCACAUUCAUUAUUUGCGUUUGUACUCUCGGCAUAUGGAGAAAAUUUGAAAACCGGCGUAUGCCUUCACUGACACAGCAAAACAGAGCUUUACAAAGCCGACGCUUGACAAAGACCUUGAUGCUCGUAUCUCUUCUUGCUUUGAUGUCGUGGAUCCCUAUAAUUAUUAUAAACAUAUUAGAAGCUACAAAUGUCUCAGUAAAUAAGAACAUUUAUCUCCUGGCGGUUCUUUUAAAUGUGUCCAACUGCUGUGCCAAUCCCGUUGUCUACGCAUUGCGAGUUUCUGAGUUCAGAAAAGCCUUUUUUAGUUCACGGAGGAUGAACGCUAAUGGCGGAAGAAGUAACAGGUAUUCUAUCUCGACUCCAGCGACACAGCUGAAAUCAACAACAACUGAUCUUAAGGUGUUGGAUACCAAGCUCUAAUCGUAAGAUUUAGGGUGAGAAACCGUACAGGAACUAUACAUAAAAUGCGGGGACACGACAAAACAAAAUCUUAAACUAAGAUAAAAACUUGUUUCAAAAUUUAACUUAUUGUUCAAUGUUAAACCUUGCUUUUAAUGAGUCGUACAUUUUUAUUCUUGUUUUUACUUUUACAAGUGUACUUUGUUGAUUCAGUUGCAGUGUUAAGUUGCAAAAUAAAGAAUAUACCUUAUACUACGAACUGUGACUCGCUAUUGACUUGGCUGCCUAUUGAUGGACGUUAAGACAGACUUUACAACAUAUUUCGCCUGAUUUCGUAGAUACAUCACGUAGAAAAUCU